AUGUCUAUCGUCAGCACAGAGGGCAAGUCAGAGUGGUACUUGGGUACCGAGUACGCUAUUCGGACUAUUGCCGCGUACCUCCAGCUUGGCUUUUCCCUUGGGGCGGUGCAGGUCCGUCGCGCCUGCGUGCCGUACCAGCUAGCUGUGUACAAGGUGAAGUGUGCGUGGCGGUACAGCAUAGCCAACGCACCCGAGGACGGGCCCGUCUAUCUCGAUGAAGGGUGCAGCACCAGAAACCCGGCAUGGUCGCCAGAUGGUCCCACUGCCAGGAGAGCCGCUCCUCCCUGCGCGAAGGCGAGCGGCGCCAUCGACCCGCAACUUUUCCUGGCAGAGCUGCUGGCCAAGUUCGACUCGCUAACCGCCAUCACUCACAGCGAAGCGGUUGACGUGCGGCUACUCCAGCGACUCAUGUAUCAGGACAUUCUUGUUUGUAAGCAGCGCAGGGCACAGGCCGCCGCCGGCAUGGUGGUCCCGAGUAGCGGCAGCCACACUAUCGAGGAGAACGCCGUCUUCCGUCUUUCUGAGACCGACGCCAUGUAUGCCUCGCUGGUGGCUGCCGGGCACCCAGUAACCAUCACGUACCGCGAUUUUGUUAUUCUCGUAACGCUGCUCAGUGAGGCCAUCGCGUGGGACCUCUUGUGGAUUCACCAAGGGCAAGACCGACAAAGAGCACACCAGCAGUCGAGGAGAGUCGACGCCACCGCACCGGUGCUGCUGCCGCCGCCGCGUACGACUGAAGCAGACUGCCUGGCGCUCAUGCUGCCCAACUCGGUGGAGUACAAUGCGGUGUGGCUAGCUGCCGCACGGUGUGGGCCGCUGCACACCCUCCUCGACGUUCUCUAUCGAAACAGCAACAGCGAGCAGCUCAAGGCAGAGCAUGGCACCUACCGCCCUUGCCGGACUGCGCUACUGAACACAAAUCUGGCGAGCAACGCCAUGCUAUACCACGCGAUCGAGUGCUCAGGAAGCGUCAUGGUGGUGAUCGACGUCGCCUAUGUGCCUCUCCUCUUUUGCAACCGAAAGAGCGGCAACGCGAAGGCUAACGAGAACGUGCCGCCAAAGCUGGAGCUGAACGUGCCGCCUCAAGUGAAGCGCAUCUACCUCUGGCGUAGCACCGAUGCUGCGGGGCAGCCCAUGUCCACCGCUAUGGCAACGGAAAUGGAGGAUCUUCUGCGGGCCUUCAACAAAGAUGCCUACGGCGACGCCAACUCGCUAAAGGCAACGGAAGCGUCUGCCGGCGAGGAUGCUCUGGCCCCGCCAUCCACGCCACUGCUGGAUCUCUACGAUGUAGUGAAGCCCUUCUUCUUGCGCGCACAAGCCACCUCAGCCUUCACGGUAGGCGAGCUGCGCCACACCUACCUCAUCAGCAGCCCGCGCGCGCGUCUCCUCAUGCACGCCAUCCUCUCACGCCCACCGCCAUCGUGGAAGUCGUUGCUGGCCCUGAGCAAACCUUCGUUCACCAGGAAUGCCAGCGCGGAACUUUGCACGACAGUCACCGGCUCAGUCAAGAGCCGACAGCAGCUGCGGCAGUACAAGACCAAGAUGGCCUCCAUCCUCUCUCGCCUGCUUUGCCAGUUCCACCACACACAGCCCAUCCUCUUUAUCUACACCUCCGGCACAUCAGGCCUGCCCAAAGCCGCACGGUUCAGUCACCUGCGCUUCUUUGCGACCGGCUUCCUCUCCCGUGUCUUGGACUACCGUGGCAAGAUUGCGGAGACACUUGUGCAGCAGAUGGGCGAGGUAGACUACGUGACCGCGCACCCGGCAGCGGCUGGCACAGCGUUACCGUCUGAGCUGCCACAACAGCAACAACAGCCUUGCUCUCCCUCUCCCUCAUCUCUCGCAAGGUCGCCCGUGUCCGGCAAGUUGGAGGUCGAAAAGGCAACGAAUGAAGCCGACAAGCCUCGUGUCGAGGACAGCAACGCGUAUUAUGGCUGCCCGGCUGUGCCGCGCGUCUUCGGCAUUGAGUCCCUCGACUUCACGCUUCGAGCGUGCAACAUUGCCAAAGUGAUCGCUCUUUCCAUCUGGGGCGUCUGCCUGUGGUGGCUUCACGCCUUAGCGACUGCCCUCCAGCUGGAGUACUUCCUCGUUGCCGCACUGGAGAAGCGACGCUACACGCCAGCGCAGCUUGCCGCCAUCGAAAACGAGCGCCGCCUCAUCACACUGUACAACUGUCUGCCCAUGUAUCACACCGUCGGCAGCGUCUUCUGCCUCGGUCAUCUUCUACACGCACUGGAGAAGCAACAGCAUGCGUGGGAGCAGAUAAGCCGUUGGGCGCCGCGGCAUACCCACCUCACCUCCACCGUGCCCACCGCGCGCAUGAUUAUCCGCUCCAAGUUCAGCGCCUCGCAGUUCCGCAAGGAUCUGCAGCGCUACCACGUCACGGUUGUCCAGUACAUCGGCGAGAUCCUGCGGUACGCUGUGCUGUACGAGCGCAGCAACCCACCCCUGCAGCCCACGCCAACCUUCGCUCACGCAGCGACGGACACAGCGGCGAUGACGACGAUGACGGAGAUGGAUGCGUUGGCAGCGCUGAAUCGCACGACAUGGCGCGUGCCAUACGCCUUUGGCAAUGGGCUGCGCCAGGACAUCUGGCUCGAAUGCAUGCGCCGCCUGAACAUUGCACAUCCAGUUGAGUUUUACAGCUCCACCGAGGGCAACAUUUUUCUCUUCAACCUGUUUGGGCUGCCGGGCAUUGUGGGGCACAUCCCCCGCCUUCCGCACCCGGUCGAAUGGCUCAGUCUGCAGUACCUCCCCAUCUUCCCAUUCCGGGUACUGCGGUUCGACGAGGAAGCGCAGCAAGUGUACCGCGACCCCAAUACGGGAUACUGUGCGCACUGCGCCGUCGGCAGUGCGGGCGAGGUGGUAGGAGAGGUGAUUGAGGGCUUUGACUUGUUCGCGCUCCGCUGCUUUGAUGGGUACCAUAAGGCGAACCACAGCGCUGUUGCUGCCGACGGCGUCUUCACCGGCAGCAGCGACCGCGGCGCAAAGCCGAGGUUGACGGCAGCAGCCGACCAGGAAGAGGAUAAGGCGGCUCGGGAAGGUAAAGUCAUUCGUCAUGUGCUGUGGCCGUACCGGAAUGACUGUUAUUUCCUCUCUGGUGACCUCAUUCGGAUGGAUCACUUUGGCUUCUGCACGUUUGUCGACCGCGUCGGUGACACCUUCCGCUGGAAGGGCGAGAACGUCAGCACGCUUGAGGUGUCCAACGCCCUCAACGCAAUCCACACAGCGCACAUUAGCGUAAAGGAGGCGGUCGUGUACGGGGUGGAGCUGCCAGGACGUGAGGGGCGAGCAGGCAUGGCGAUGCUGAGCCUGCAGUCGCGGCACCUGUACUCAUCCCCGGACGGAUGCGGCAGCACGAACUCCAACUCGACGCCGCCUCAGUCACGGCCUCAGGCCCUCACCCUUACCGAAGAGCGUCGCUUUCUCCAAGAUAACUUGCAUGGAUUCCUCACCGGCAAAGUGCAGUACAAUGGUGAUGGGACGGCGAACCAAGCGAUGCUUCCAGCCCCUUCGAUUCCGCUGUUCCUUCGAAUGCAAGAUCUGACGGCAGACAGCGACGACGACAACGGGGUCAGCUCCCCCGUGGCGCGGUCGAACGGGCACGACGUCUCCGAGAACGCCAUGCAGACGUCGACGUUCAAGUACAAGAAAAACACCCUUGUCAAGGAGGGCUACGAGUUCGACGGGAGCUCGACAACUUGCUCGGACGUGCCAGCGAGUGCGUGGGGCAGCGGCAGCAGGCAUGCCACGGAAGAGAAGACGAUAUCAACGACGCCGUACACGCGCAUCUAUGUGCUCGUGUCGAGCCAGUCGAUUCUGAAGGAGUUGGCACUGCCGCCGGUGGGGUCGGCGGAUGCCAGCGGUGCCACCCCCGUGGCCGGCUAUUUCCCCCUAACACCCGCGACUCGAGCCCUUCUCGGCACGAACAUGGAAAAGUGUGGCUGGUGA